CUGAAGGUGGCGGGAGUCAGAGUGAGUCCAUGAGAUAAACAACAAAUGAAAUAAGUCUGUAAAUACGGUGUCUGGUCAUGAGCAAGUUACGUUCAGCGAUGCACAGAAGCAAAAGAGCCGGACAGGAAGUGAUAGAAACUGCAAAACCAAAGCACAAGAGGACAAAGACAACAUCGAAAGAAGAGGAAACCACACAAGCUGCCUCGCCGUCCACGUACCACACUUUCCCUGCUCCUGCUGAUGUUGUGCUGCUGCGCUCUCAGCUCCUGAACUGGUACAACAAGGAGAAGAGAGAGCUGCCAUGGAGGACUCUGGCUGUGACAGAACCAGACCUCAACAUCAGGACAUAUGCGGUGUGGGUUUCAGAGAUCAUGCUGCAACAGACUCAAGUUGCCACAGUAAAAGACUACUACAACAAAUGGAUGAAGCGGUGGCCCACCGUGCAAGACCUUGCAACUGCUACACUUGAGGAGGUGAACCAGAUGUGGGCAGGUCUCGGCUACUAUUCCCGGGGAAAAAGACUUCACGAAGGAGCUCAGAAGGUCGUGACAGAGCUGAAGGGACAGAUGCCCCGGACAGUAGACAGCCUGCUGAAACAGUUACCAGGUGUGGGUCGCUACACUGCUGCUGCUAUAGGUUCCAUUGCACUGGGACAGGUUACCGGAGCCGUGGAUGGGAAUGUUAUUCGGGUGCUGUGUCGCCUGAGGGCCAUCGGAGCUGACAGCACGAGUCCUGCAGUAACAGAGGCGCUUUGGGGUCUUGCCAACACACUGGUGGACCCAGAGAGACCUGGAGACUUUAACCAGGCCAUGAUGGAGCUGGGAGCACGUGUCUGCACCCCUAAAGGACCAGUGUGCAGCCAGUGUCCUGUACAGUCUCAUUGCCACUCUUAUCGCAAGGUUCAUGUCAAACAAGAGCAAAACUCCAAGAAGCUUUUGUUGAAGCUGGAGAAGAAGACUUCCACCCUGCCUGAUAUAGAGGACUGUAUGACCAGUGGGACGUGUCUGCUGUGUCCCUCGGAACCCUGGGACGAUGAGCUGGGCGUUCAGAACUUCCCCAGAAAGCCGGCAAAGAAACCACCCCGAGUGGAGCGAACUCUGACCUGUGUGGUCGUCAGACCUGGAGAGGACGGAGAGGACGAGUACCUGCUCACACAGAGACCAGACAAAGGUUUGUUGGCAGGCUUGUGGGAGUUUCCCAGUCUUCUGCUGGAGGAGGAGAACUCUGAGAUGAAACAGAAGAGGGAGCUGUCUGCUGAGAUCAGCAGGAUACUGGGAACUCAUUUGACUGAGAGUCUCUUUCAGUACAUUGGAGAGGUGGUUCACAUCUUCUCCCACAUCCACCAGACUUAUGUGGUUCACAGCAUGCGUCUGAGGGAUGAUGCACAAACGAAGACCGAAAAUGUGCAGUGGCUCACGAGAGCUUCUCUGCAGGAAGCUGCUGUGUCCACAGGAAUGAAAAAGAUUGUGAAGCUUUAUGAUACUUUGGACAGUCAAAAAGAAAAACCCUCUAAGGAUGGAAAGAAGCAAAAUGCCACUGGUACAAAAAAUGACAAGAAACCACCGACCUCAAAAAAACCCAAACUGAGUGCAGCCAACAGCAGAGGUAGACAGCUCUCCCUCAGCUCCUUCUUCAGGACAGUGAAAGAGGAGUCUUGAUGGAAUAUGAGCACAGUUGUUUCCACAUUAAGGUGUUUUUUUGGUGCCAUGGUUCCCAUCAGUUUUUAUUAUAUUAGAUGAAACAAAAACAACAAUAUAUAUAUAUUUUUUUUU